GCAUGUAGUGUCAGACGUGUCCUAGGACAGGGGGUGUGGUAGCGUGAAUACGGGUGGGUUAAAGAGUGGGGGCUGUUCGGGGGGAGUUUUUGGAGAGUUGGAGGCCAGGAUUGCUGAAGCGGAUAGAGAGAGGGGCUGUGUAUGAAGACCUCCAGCAUGAUGUUGCUCUGGGUUUUGGUUUUCUCUCUGUUUUGUCCCCGAACAGAGAGUUAUUUUUCCGAGGAGACCUACGCGGAGGAGUCGGAGAUGCAGGCGCCCACCCUGGUGAUCGCCAUCAUCGCCCGGAACGCAGCGCACUCCCUGCCCUAUUACCUCGGAGCUCUGGAGAGACUCAACUACCCCAAAGAGCGCAUCUCCAUCUGGGCGGCGACAGACCACAACAUUGAUAACACCACCGCAGUGCUGAGGGAAUGGCUGACCGUCAUGCAGCAGUACUAUCACUACGUGGAGUGGAGGCCCAAGGACAAGCCGACGUCUUUUGCCGGUGAAAUGGGGCCUAAACACUGGAGUAACGGCCGCUAUGAACAUGUCAUGAGGCUGAAACAGGCGGCGCUGAACUUCGCCAAGAAGCGCUGGGCUGAUUAUAUCCUGUUUGCCGAUACAGACAACAUCCUGACCAACCCGGACACGCUGAACCUCCUCAUGGCUGAGAAUAAGUCUGUGAUCGCCCCCAUGCUGGAUUCUCAGUCGGCCUACUCCAACUACUGGUGUGGCAUCACGCCUCAGGGUUAUUACCGUCGCACAGCCGAGUACUUCCCGACCAGGAACCGGUACCGUAAAGGCUGUUACCCUGUUCCCAUGGUCCACUCCACCAUGCUACUGGACCUGCGCAAGGAGGGCACCGAGAACCUGGCGUUCUACCCGCCGCACGCCGAUUACUCCUGGCCCUACGACGACAUCAUCGUAUUUGCCUUCUCCUGCAGAGUUUCAGAGGUACAGAUCUACGUGUGUAAUAAAGAGCGUUACGGCUACCUGAACGUUCCCGCCAAACCGCACCAGACCGUGGAGGACGACCGCAUUAACUUCGUCCAUCUCUAUCUGGAGGCUUUGAUCGAUGGACCCCCCAUGUAUUUAUCCCGCUACGUGCACGUUCCUCCCAAGCAGAUGGACCUGAUGGGCUUUGAUGAGGUGUACCUGAUAAACCUGCGCAGGCGGCCCGACCGCAGAGAGAGGAUGCUGUGGUCUCUGUACGAGCUGGAGAUCAGCGCUAAAGUGGUGGAUGCUGUGGACGGAGCAGCUCUGAACAGCAGUGAUAUUAAGAUCCUGGGUGUGGACCUCCUGCCUGGUUAUUACGACCCGUUCUCCGGCCGCACGCUCACCAAAGGGGAGGUGGGAUGUUUCCUCAGCCACUACUACAUCUGGAAGGAGAUGGUGGACAUGCAGAUGGACAAAGCGCUGAUCUUCGAGGACGAUGUUCGGUUUCAGGGCAACUUCAAACGGCGCCUGAUGAGGAUGAUGGAGGAGGUGGAGCAAGCCGAACUUGACUGGGACAUCAUAUACCUGGGCAGGAAGCAGGUGAACCCAGGUGAGGAGGAGCAGGUGGAGGAGGUGAAGAACCUGGUGAUUGCUGGUUAUUCGUACUGGACGCUGUCCUACGCCAUCUCACUGCAGGGAGCUCAGAAGCUGAUCAACGCUGAGCCGAUCUCCAAAAUGCUUCCUGUGGACGAGUUCCUGCCCAUCAUGUACGACAAACAUCCCAACGAAGACUACAAAUCCCACUUCCUGAACCGGAACCUGCAGGCCUUCUCAGCGAGCCCCCUGCUGGUGCAGCCGUGUCAUUACGCGGGCGAUGCCGAGUGGGUGAGCGACACAGAGACGUCUACGCUGUGGGACGACGAUAACGUCCCUACGGACUGGAGGGGCACGUACAAGAGCCUGAAGGGCGGAGCUCCACCGGUUGGCAUUCAGAGCGCCGCCUACAAGGACGAGCUGUGAAACGCGGUGCUGAAUGUGUGUGUGUGUGUGAGAGAGAUAAAGAGAGACUCUGGACGUAUGUGUAGUGUGAGAGGAGACCAUACACUCGUAACAGUUGACGUUCCUAAACGCGGUCACCCGGGGACCGAAGACUGUGCCACCCAGGAGACCUUUAAUAACCUGCGUGUGUGUUUUCUCAGGUACACACAGUGCCGUCUGGACAGAAUCCAACAUCAUUUUUGCCAUUUUAACAGUCAGUCUGGGGAAAAACCCUUAAACGUUUGGAAUUUUAUUUUUCUUUUAUUACAAAAAAGCACCAAACGGUUGAUUUUUAUCGCUUUAUUCCGGUUUUACAGUCUCAUUCUGGUCUGUUUAGUGGUGUAUUAUCACAUCUUCGGUCCUCCCGUUGAGUAAGAACAGAUCUGAAAGCCACAUUAUCCCGAAUCAACUCCAGUCCUACGUUUAAUUUCCUAAAAUCCGAGACGUUUGGGGUAAAAAGCUUGAAAUGUCCUGUACGGUUCACCUCAUAUGAACAUCCAUGAGCUCCGAAACAAAAGCAGAAUCGAGUCUGUCUGAUCCAAAUCCACAGGCUGCACUGUAUGUUUGUGCAUUAGGGUUUAAAAUAAAUAAAUAAAUAAAAGUAUUAGAAUUA